AUGCGCGCCACUUGCUGUCUGCGGCCCGGAAGCAAGUGUUCAUCCUCUACCGUUCUUCUGUGGCUCCUGUAUGCCUGCGGUAGGGCUCAGGCCGAUGCUUUGGGUCUUGAGGGUGCUGAGCUUGGUCAGUAUGUUCUACAACAACAAGCUAUUGAGAGGGACCAGCGAGCUACCGAGAGAGAAGAGAAGCGGCUCCUAGCAGAGAGAGAAGAAAGAGCUGCUGAGAGAGACUUCCAACUUGCUAAGCUUCAAGCUGAGAAGGAGAUACAGCUCGCCCGCAGCACCGGUCAAGGAAAAGUGAGUACUUCUUCCUGUGAGAACGUCAGAGGACCGAAGUUGCCAACUUAUCAAGAGGGAGAUGAUAUAAGCAACUUCCUCGUGCGCUUUGAAAGGGUGGCUGAACUACUCCAGAUUGAUAAGGAUAGCUACGCUGCAAGACUUGGGUGUCUCCUCACGGGUAAGGCUACUGAACUGUAUACGUCGUUGUCUGCUGACAUAACUGAAGAUUACGCUCUUCUGAAGAAAGCUCUCCUCACUGGGUUCAGUAAGACCGCCGACAACUACCGUCUGGAGUUCCGCCAAGCCAGGAUUAGGGUUGGGGAAAAUUAUCAGCAGUUCUCUGUCCAUCUGACUCGACUGUUCCAGGCAUGGUCGGAGGCAUCUGAUGUCGCCCACACUUUUGAAGGUCUUAAAAAAUUCAUCCUGCUUGACCAGUUUUUGACUAAUCUUUCUCCAGAUUUGAGGGUUUUCAUCAAGGAGCGUCGGCCGACAGACCUUCCCGACGCAGUAAGGCUUGCCGACGACUGGUCAUCUGCCCGUCACGCCUACCCGAAAGCCUACUCUUCUAGUUCCCGAGGAACUUCUAAAGCUGCCUCUGGGGUAAGCCCUACAUCAUCUCAAGGUGACUCCAGCAAGUCCUCUGUCCAGUCCACCCCUAAGAAAAUUACGUGCCACCAGUGUGGAGAAGACGGCCAUAUUCGGCCGCGCUGCCCUAAGAAUCCCGCGCCUUCAAGGAUUGGGAAGCGGAGUGUCCCAAACUAUUCUGUCUCGGGCACCAUUAACGGAUCUUGGAGCUCGAACAUCAUCCGUGACACUGGCUGCUCGUGUGUGGUAGUCUCAGAAGAGGUGCUUCCAGACGUAGAUGUGGAGAGUUGUCCCAAGAUUUCCCUAGCUGACUACUUGGGAAGAGUAGACAAAUUCCCAGUUGUAAAGUGCUACGUGCGCUGCCCCUUCUACACUGGUUGGACUGAGGUGGUGAGAGCUCCUAUAAAGUUUGCUGGCGCUCUGAUAGGAAACAUCCCGGGAGUUAUGGAUCCCCAGGUCUCUAAUCCUUCUCCAGCUCCUCUUCCUGAUUCCAGCAGGGCAUCCUUGUCAUCAGAGCUGCAGCCGGAGGUUUCUACCAGUGCUUCGACUGUGUCUUCGGCUGACCAAGUACACGCUGUUACCACCCGUGCCGGAAGGAUGAAAAGACUGCAUCCUCUGGUACUUCCAGAACUUCAGCCUCUCUCCAUGACCCCUCAAGAGUUCAACCAACUGCAAGCCUCGUGUCCUUCCUUAACUGGGGUACGACAGAAAGCCUCUACGGGAGAAGUUGAGAAAGCCAGGAACGGGUCGUCCUUCCAGUACCUGUACGUCAAUGGGCUUCUCUACCGCAAGUGCCUCACUUCUCAGCUUCCAAAUAAGGUAGGCCAACAAUGCCUGGUUGUCCCAAGUGAGUGUCGCCAGAUCAUACUCUCAGUGGCCCACGAGAGUCCCUUGGCUGGACAUUUCUCUCACCGCAAGACUGAGUUGAAAAUUUAUGAACAUUUCUUUUGGCCAGGUAUGGGAGCGGAUAUCCGUGCCUACUGCCGCUCUUGUGACAAGUGCCAACGGAUGUCAUCAAAGGGCCGGGUGCGUCCUGUCCCUCUUCAGCCCCUACCUGUGAUCACCGAGCCUUUUUCCCGAGUCGCCAUUGACCUCGUUGGACCUCUUUCUCCUCCAUCUUCCGAGGGCCAUAGACACAUUCUUACCUUAAUAGAUUUUGCAACUGGGUUUCCAGAGGCCCUGCCACUUAAGGACAUAGACUCAGUAUCAGUAGCUGAAGCCUUACUAGUGAUAUUUGCACGUGUAGGAAUUCCUAGAGAAAUCCUCUCUGAUCGAGGAACUCAGUUUACCUCCAGUCUGUUAUCAGAGUUACAUAAGCUGCUUGGUGUUAAACCUAUUUUCACAACUCCUUUCCAUCCCAGUGGCAAUGGACGCAUAGAGAGGCUCCAUGGUCCUCUCAAGGCAGCUCUGCGCAAGCUCUGUGCUGACAAACCCAGGAGUGGCACCGUUACCUCGUUCCCACGCUCUUCGCCCUCAGGGAAAUCCCCAGUGAUCGGACCGGGACCUCUCACGGUGUUGAAGGAGUUGUGGGAUAAUCAGGACAUCCAGGGAGAAGAAAGAACCAGCUUCCAAUACGUCCUGGAACUUCGAAACAAGUUGUCAGAAUGUGCCCAGCUUGCUGCUCAAGCAGCUGAUGUAAGUACUGCCCGUUACAAGUCCUAUUUUGAUCUUAAAUCUCAGGACAGGAAGUUUAAUCCAGGUGACGAGGUACUAGUUCUUCUUCCCAGCCACACAAGCAAGUUAUUGGUAGCAUGGAAUGGUCCAUACAAGGUCCUUGAAAGACGUGGUAAUGUUGAUUACCUUAUAGACGAGCCUCGUGGGCCUAAACUAUACCACGCCAAUCUACUUAAAAGAUACCAUCGACGAGCAGUUGUUAACAGGCUCCAUGUUCUCGACGAGAUUCAAUCUCUCGAAACAAGCGAACCCCAGGACAGCACCGUUCCCGUCGUGGAGGAGAAAUUGCCUGACGCCAGCUCCACGGAACUGCCCAUUACGGCCGAUGAAUGGCUGGAUUCUUCACCACCAAGUAUGCCGGAGAUAAAUCCCUCCUUGCCCUGGGAACAACGAGGCGACAUCGAGGACUUACUGCUGGACUACAGGGAUGUAUUCUCCACCACACCUGGCUGUACCUCGACUAUCAUGCACGAUAUUGUCCUCACCACCACCAACAGGAUUCAAGCUAGGUUGUACCCUGUCCCUAUUCACCUUAGACCUCACUUUGAUGAAGAAGUAGAUAGCCUUUUGGAACAAGGGAUAAUUCAAUUGUCUUCCUCUCCCCACUGUAGUCCUGUUGUAAUGGUUCGGAAGUCUGACGGUUCCUACAGGAUGGCUAUUGAUUACCGGAAAUUGAACUCCGUUACGGUCUUCCACGCUGAGCCGUCUUGUAAUAUGGAAGAAGACCUUCACAUGUUCGCUGGUGCUAAAUACUUCUCGGAAAUUGACCUCUGCAAGGCUUAUUACCAAAUUCCAUUGACAGACAGAGCCAAACCCCUAACUGCCUUUCCAACUCAUCGUGGUCUCAUGGAAUUCUGCCGCUUACCCUUCGGACUUGUCACAGCAUGUGCUACCUACGUCCGUCUGAUGCGUCUUGUCCUCGCCGGGUUACCCAACAUUUCUUUCUACUUUGAUAAUAUAUUUGUCCACUCUUCAGAUUGGCCUCAGCAUAUCAGCGCCCUCAGAGCUACGCUUGAGAGACUACGCUCCCACAACCUGACUGCCAAGCCUUCCAAGUGCCGCUUCGGUGUUCACUCCAUCCACUAUCUCGGAUUCGUACUAGACGGAGAACAGCUGAGACCUCAGAACAGCAAGAUGGAAGCGCUGUGCAGGAUAACUCCCCCUCUGUCCAAGAAAGCUCUCCGCAGUUUUCUAGGUAUGAUUGCCUUUUAUAGGAUGUUUAUUCCCCAGGCUUCAGACUACACCGGACCACUCUCUGACCUCUUGAAGAAAGGAGUCCGCGAACCUCUCGCCUGGGAUGAGACUGCGUUGAGCUGCUUCAAUCACCUGAAGCAAGUGUUGUCCAGCACACCAGUACUACAAGUUCCAGAUUGUGGUUCCCCUUUCAUCCUUCGGAGUGACGCUUCAAGUCACGGACUAGGAUCUGUUCUGCUGCAAUACCAUCAGGGGGUGCCUCAUCCUGUCGCCUAUGCCAGCAGGAAGCUCCUGGACCGGGAAAAGAGGUAUUCCACCAUAGAACGUGAGUGUCUUGCUGUUGUGUUUGGUGUGCUCCGCUUUGACUAUUAUCUCAGAGGUCGUGAAUUCAUAUUAGAAGUGGACCACAAGCCCUUGUUGUACUUGGAAACCUUUAAAGGCAAGAAUGAUAGGGUGUUGAGAUGGGCCUUAAGUCUACAAGCCUACCGGUUCAGAGUCGUCCAUAUUGCUGGGAAGGACAACGUGGGAGCAGAUUUAAUGAGCAGACUCCCAGCCUAA